GACUGACUGAGACUAGGGCUAGUGCUGCUGCUGCUGAGAGAAGGAAGGGAGGAAGGAGGAGGCCUGGCUCUCGCCCACGGAAGACCGAGGCACACGGAGAGGGAAGGGUCCUGCGCGGCGGAACCAGGAAGGAAGGGAAGGAGGGAGCGGGACUCUAGUGGCCGCCGCCGCCGCCUCCGCCGCUUGUGAAGGCGAAGGGGCGGGGAGGGGGAGCAUCAGCCGGGCUUCUCCCGCGGGACGAGGCUCCGACUCCCCGGCCUGGCGGGCCCCCAGCAGCCCCCCAACCCCCGGCCGGCCAUGCCGAAUAAAAACAAGAAGGAGAAGAGCCAGGAACCUCCAAAAGCAGGGAAAAGUGGGAAAAGUAGCAAAGAUGUGCAAGAUAACCUGGAUAUUGAGGUGACAUGCAAAAAAUCAAAUACUAUACCGCCUACACCACAGUUAUCUAAAAUCAAAAUACCUCCUGCUCAAGCUGUAGUGAAGAAAGAGAAACGACAGAGUUCUUCAAGAUUUAGUAUUAACAAUAACAGAGAACUCCAAAAGCUGCCAGCUUUAAAAGAUGUUCCCCCUGCAGAACAAGAAAAGCUCUUCAUUCAGAAGUUGCGACAAUGCUGUGUCCUUUUCGACUUUGUUUCUGAUCCACUAAGUGACCUGAAGUGGAAGGAAGUAAAACGUGCAGCUUUAAGUGAAAUGGUAGAGUACAUCACACAUAAUCGCAAUGUGAUUACAGAACCAAUUUACCCAGAAGUAGUACAUAUGUUUGCAGUUAACAUGUUCCGCACACUACCACCAUCAUCCAACCCAACGGGAGCAGAGUUUGACCCGGAGGAGGAUGAACCAACCUUAGAAGCUGCCUGGCCUCACUUACAGCUUGUAUAUGAAUUUUUCUUAAGGUUUUUAGAAUCUCCAGAUUUCCAACCUAAUAUAGCUAAGAAAUAUAUUGAUCAGAAGUUUGUAUUGCAGCUUUUAGAGCUCUUUGACAGUGAAGAUCCUCGUGAAAGAGAUUUUCUUAAGACUACUCUGCACAGAAUAUAUGGGAAAUUCUUAGGCCUAAGAGCAUACAUCAGGAAGCAAAUUAACAAUAUAUUUUAUAGGUUUAUUUAUGAAACAGAACAUCAUAAUGGCAUAGCAGAAUUACUGGAAAUAUUGGGAAGCAUAAUUAAUGGAUUUGCCUUACCAUUAAAAGAAGAGCACAAAAUUUUCCUUCUCAAGGUGUUAUUACCUUUGCACAAAGUGAAAUCACUCAGUGUCUACCACCCACAGCUGGCAUACUGUGUAGUUCAAUUUUUAGAAAAGGACAGCACACUUACUGAGCCAGUGGUGAUGGCACUGCUAAAAUACUGGCCAAAGACUCAUAGUCCAAAAGAAGUUAUGUUUUUAAAUGAAUUAGAAGAAAUUUUAGAUGUUAUCGAACCAUCUGAAUUUGUAAAGGUCAUGGAGCCUCUCUUCAGGCAGCUAGCAAAAUGUGUCUCCAGUCCACACUUUCAGGUUGCAGAACGAGCACUAUACUACUGGAAUAAUGAGUAUAUUAUGAGCUUAAUCAGUGACAAUGCAGCGAAGAUCUUGCCUAUCAUGUUUCCAUCCCUGUACCGGAAUUCAAAGACGCACUGGAACAAGACAAUACAUGGCUUGAUUUACAAUGCUCUGAAACUCUUCAUGGAGAUGAACCAAAAACUUUUUGAUGACUGCACACAGCAAUUUAAAGCAGAAAAAAUUAAGGAGAAGCUAAAAAUGAAGGAACGGGAAGAAGCAUGGGUUAAAAUAGAAAAUCUAGCCAAAUCAAAUCCCCAGUACUCAGUAUAUAGUGACACCUGUCUAGUGAGCAGUCCUGUUGCAAUGGAAACAGAUGGGCCUUUAAUUGAAGACUUGCAUGUGCUGAAAAAUACAGUGAAAGAAGAAGCUUGUCCGGCACCGAAGGAUCAGAAGAAGGAGCGUCCUAUGGUGCGGCGCAAGUCAGAACUGCCUCAGGAUAUCUACACCAUGAAAGCCUUGGAGUCCCAUUGCCGAGCUGACGAUCUAAUAUCACAUGAUGGGCAUUAGACUAUUCAAGUAAAAUUUGGAGGAAAACCCUUUUGUUCAGGACUCUGUUCUACAGUAGAGAACUUACUUUUUGUGCCAUACUGAUCAGUUACACACAAGUCAAACUUUUUUCAACCCCAUUCUGACCGGCAAUAACUUUGAUACAAUAUGCACAGCUCAAGAUUAAUAGUUCAAACAAUGGUAAAUUGCCUGAUUCUGUAUGAAGAAACUUGGGGUGGUUAGUGUUAGACAAAGACCUUUUGUUGGUGCUGUUUGUAUAGGACCAACCAAUUGGAAACAUGCACUUUUUCAUAUUACUACUAGGAGAAAAAAACAGUCUUCUAGGACAGAUCUGCAGGCCCUGGUGCUGUGCAGCCCCUCAGUGUCUGUGUGCACAUAAAGCAGUUCUGCAUAAGAAAAUCUAUGAAACCAUAAUGUCUAUCAUGUUUGUGGCACAUACAUCUGCUGGAAAGCUACAGUUGGUUGUAGCUUCUGGUUCUUGUACAUCAGACAUGAAUAUGACAAAAUGUGUGUGUGACUGUCAAAUGGGACAAUCUACACAGAAGUUCCAUGUUUUUUGUUAUGUGGAACAGCUUCUUACAAGCGUACUAUCUGAAAUAACCUUACGUGAAUUUUUAUCAAUAAGCACCACUGAAAUGAUUGGAGAUUGGACUACAGAAGUGCCUGGUAGACUAAGCCCUUUUUCUUUUUCUUCCUGCAGCAGCUGAAGUUGGUGAUUUGGCAAUGGGAUUCUAAAUUCAUAAUCGGCAUUUUUAUAAGACUGAAGGGAGGGGGAACUUGAAAACUGUUCUGCAUUACUGUCUGUAGUUAUAUUCUGGCAAUUUCAAAACACACAGUUAAAUUGUUCUCUCAUUGCAGCUUACAAAAUGGUAAUUUUCAUGACAAUCUUCAAUCACAGCUAAUUUCUAGGAGCACCAAAAAUGUUCCAGAGAGAGGCACUCUUAUCCAAGUACUUUAUACGGACUGAAGCCAUAUUUUCGAGUGCUUUAGCUUGUAAUGCAAACUGAGUAUUUUGGAACAGAGCUGGUAGAAGAGGAAUUUGUUUUCCUAAAAAUGAAAUUCUGUCUGCCUUGACUAGAAAUAAACUGCAUUUUAAAAAGUGA